AUGCGACUAAGACCGGUCCAAUAACUUGUCGAUGAAGUUGAUAUACGUACUCUGCAUUACAAAUUCUUCCAUAAAGUCAAAUCGAAAGGCAAAGACUUUUGUGCUUUUAAUGUUAUUGUAGAGACACUUGAUAAAGUAACAACCUUCCAUGAAAUUUUCUUACAACAAUUUUUCUAA